ACAAAAUAAUACUCACUAAUUAAAGAUCUAAUAAGUUCACAGACGGAUUAGAUAUGCCUCUAAAAAAAAAGGAUGAAUUAAAAAAAAAAAAAAAAUCACUAAUUGUUUCUGCGCCUCCCCUCUGUCUCACAUUCAUUGUACUCUCUCCGAUAAUACUCACUAACUAAUUAAAGAUCUAAUAAGUCUUCUUCUGCUGCUUUGUUGUGUGACUUUUCUUUUUAAUUUUUUCUAACCUAUUUGCUUAUCUAUAUAUAUUCUCCAAAAACACCCAUAUAAUAUGACGUAAAAGUAGAGAAUCUCCAUACUAGCUGUUCGUCUAACGUCUGGUUUGAUUGGUAGGAGUGACUAAAUGAAACUCCUCUUCCAUUGUGAGACUUUUCUCUACUUUUUGUUUGUUUAUUUAUUAUUAUUAUUAUUAUUAUUAUUAUUAUUUUUCUAAUAGAUUUGGAGAUGCAUGUAUUGUCCAAAAACACCAAUAUAAGAUAACAAGUACUUCUGAGAAUCUCACAAAAACUAGAGAGGGUAUUAAAAAAAUGGUGAUUGAGUUGUUGGUAUUAGGAUUAGUGUGGUUAACAGGAGGAGCAUCCUCAGCACCGCUAGCAAAGCGUGGUUGUCCAGACAAAUGCGGAAAUAUUACCAUUCCUUACCCAUUUGGGAUUGGAACGGGUUGCUAUGCCAACGACAGCUUUGCAAUAACUUGCGAUAACUCCUCCAAUCCACCCAAACCUUUCAUCAUUACCAACAAUCUCGAGGUGCGUUAUAUUUACCUAUUUGGCCUCGUUGGCAUCUAUCAUCCGGUGCUCGCUUAUGAUUGUCCAAAUGGGACUAUUGUUCAUCGACUUGCGAAUUUGUCCAGUCCUUUUUGGUUUUCUGAAGACUAUAAUGUUUUCACGGCCACAGGUUGUAACAACCUGGCCUUAAUGAUGAGCCAAGAUCAACAAAUUAUAGGUGGGUGCGCAUCACUUUGCGACAAUUCAAAUUCAACUGCUGGAGGAAGUUGCUAUGGAAUCAAAUGCUGCCAGACCACAAUCCCUCCAUCACUCAACUUCAUCAAUGCAUCUCUGAGCAACUUUGGUUCUAAGAAUACUACCAAUCUUUCAAAAGAUUGCAAGUAUGCGUUCAUUGGGCAUGAAGGUUGGUUCAAUCAUGUCUUGGAAGAUCCCUUUGAAAUACAAGAAAUGGAAGGCGUUCCUGCUGUGAUGUCUUGGGGCAUGCAAGGAGAAUGCAACGAAUUGGUGCCUUCUAGUAAUACAUUAUGCGGAGCUAAUUCUGUUUGCUACUCAACAGGAAAUAGUAACUUUACUUACACAUGCGAUUGUAAAUUUGGCUACGGGAACCCAUAUCUGCCAGAUGGAUGUCCAGCGGACAAGAAAAAAACUCGAAUGAUCAUCAUAGGUAUGAGUACGAGUUUUGGGUUCCUACUUCUACUUGUUGGUAUAUGGUGGUUGUAUAAAUUUGUGAAGAGGAGAAAGAAACUCAUGCUUAAACGAAAAUUCUUCAAACGAAAUGGGGGUUUGUUAUUGCAACAACAACUAUCUUCGAUCGAUCAAGGUAAUGUUGAGAAAAAUAAGUUAUUUACUUCAAAGGAGUUGGAAAAGGCCACUGACCGCUUUAAUGACAACCGGAUCCUUGGUCAAGGGGGGCAAGGUACUGUAUACAAAGGCAUGCUAAUUGAUGGUAGAAUUGUAGCAGUUAAAAAGUCCAAGAUAGUGGAUGAAGGCAACCUUGAACAAUUUAUCAAUGAGGUUGUUAUUUUAUCACAAAUUAACCAUAGGAAUGUGGUUAACUUGUAUGGGUGUUGUUUGGAGUCAGAAGUUCCCUUGUUGGUUUAUGAGUACAUCCCCAAUGGAACCCUUUACCAGUAUAUUCAUGAGCAAAAUGAAGAGUUUCCACUUACAUGGGAUAUUCGUGUUCGGAUUGCUACAGAAGUUUCAGGGGCUCUUGCCUAUCUGCAUUCAGCAGCCUCCAUACCCAUUUAUCAUCGAGAUAUCAAAUCCACAAACAUUUUGUUAGACGAGAAAUUCAGAGCGAAAGUGUCGGAUUUUGGGACUUCAAAAUCAAUUGCCAUCGAUCAAACUCAUAUGACUACAAUAGUGCAGGGGACUUUCGGAUACUUGGACCCGGAGUACUUCCAAUCAAGCCAGUUUACAGAAAAAAGUGAUGUUUAUAGCUUUGGAGUUGUUCUUGUUGAGUUGUUAACUGGACAACCACCAAUCUCAUCAACCAGAUCAGAAGAACGAAGCUUGGCAACAUAUUUCAUGGUGAUAAUGAAGGAGAACCGUUUAUUUGACAUUCUUGAUGCUCGAGUUUCCAAAGAGAUUGGGAAAGAAGACAUCAUUCGGGUCGCUAAUCUUGCAAAAAGAUGCUUGAACUUGAGUGGGAGAAAAAGGCCUACAAUGAAAGAAGUUGCAACUGAAUUGGAAGGGAUUAGAAUAUCACAUGAAGUAUGUACCGUUCAACAAAAUUAUGAAGAUGAUGAAUAUGCAGUACUUGAACUCACAGGACCUUGGGAUGUUGCUUCAACUUUGACAGGGUCUCAUUUGCAUAGGAGUGCAUCAUCAUCACGGGAUGUUGCUUCAGUAAUUGAACUCACAGGACCUCGGGAUGUUGCUUCAACUUUGACAGGGUCUCAUUUUCAUAGGAGUGCAUCGUCAUCACGGGAUGUCCAUCCUUUGUUAUUUAAGUAAUAUAUCGUGAUUGUUAAAAAUGUUUGUUUGCUAGGUUUUUUUUUUUUUUUUUUCCUUCAUAUUUUGCAUCUAUGUUGUUUGAAUAAAUAUUGUAUCAAUCAUCACCCUUGUAUUUCCUACUUAUGUUGUUUAAGAAAUCGUGAUAUGUUUGUUUAUAACAAAUUUUGAAUUUUAUAUAAUACUUUGAUUGGUUUUGUUGCCUAA